GUAGCUGAAUCAGCAGAAAACUCGAACUCUAUCAAGUUCAGAAGGGCUGUUCACCAGCAAAACAAUACAGAACUCUGACAUAUUAUCCAAUUCCAGCAAGCACCUGCUGUUUUAUUGCAUUCCAGUGCAGAGUGAAGGCUCUUUCCUUCUGUUUUUCUUUCAAGAACUCCUGACAGUUCACAGCUCCCAAGAGGAGUACCCUCUGCAUGUAUCAUCCAAGUUUCUGAAUAGAAUUUAGAGUGAUGCCCGUGGGGUUUGGUUUAAGAGGCUUUCCUUAGGCUUUUAUAUGUUGUCUUUUAGUUUGUUCUCAGAUAACAAGGUGAAGAAUUUUCCUGUGCAAAAUAACUCAUAGCGUUUCUCUAUGGCACCACAGACGUAGGAGGCAAAGGAAAUUGCCCCAUUAACAGAUUUUCAGAUUGCUCUGUACACCUUUGAAUAUUAAAACGCAUUUUUCACACGUCUGUUUGCACUGUCACUGACUGCUAUAGAAAUACUUUAACCUGCAGUGGAUUGUGAAGUUCUGUGAAGACUCAGGAGGAGGGACAACAUUGCUACCAGGCUAGAACCAUUGAAUUGAAGAAUCGUUCAGGUGGGAAAGGACACUAAGACCAUCUAGUCCAACUGCAACCUGUCCCACCAUGUCCCUCAAUGCCACAUCUCCACAGUUCCUGAACUGUACAGAAGACAACCGAGGCUCUGCCUUACCACCAGGUGAAGAACAGGCUCAAGAAAACCAGGUCCCAUGAUCUUCUCAUCUGCAGAAGCAAAUAAUCUAUAGCUCUUGGAGUCAUGUGAAAAUAAACACAUGUAGGUAGUGAUAGGACAAGGGGGAAUGGUUUUAAACUGAGACGGGGGGCGUUAGGUUGGAUCUUAGGAGGAAGUUUUUCCCCCAGAGGGUGGUGAGGCACUGGAACAGGUUGCCCAAGGAGGCUGUGGAUGCCCCAUCCCUGCAGGCAUUCAAGGCCAGGCUGGAUGUGGCUCUGGGCAGCCUGGUCUGCUGGUUGGUGACCUGCACACAGCAGGGGGUUGGAAGUGGAUGAGCACUGUGGUCCUUUUCAACCCAGGCCAUUCUAUGAUUCUAUGAUUCAAAGAAUUUUUUGCUAUAUUUGUUUCUAAAUUUUUUUAGUUUCAAAGUGUCCAAAUCCCAAAAUAUUAAAAUCAGUACCAAAAGAAACUCACAAAAGAACCCCACACACAGACAGACAUAUGAAAAUUGAUACCGUAUCUAAAUACUCUGAAAUGGCAGUUUUAUUUCCUGACAACUCCCACGCAAUCAGGAGCUGGCAGGUGCGAUGUGGAUAAAAGCAUAACCUGAGGCACCUCCCACUGUGGGAAAUGGCAAAGCUCAGCAAAGGGGUGAGAUAAGGUGGCUGAACCAGCAGGGAGAAAUGCAGUGGGUGGAUGGACACGAGCCAGCGAGCUCUGAGUGCUGCAGUCUCAUAGGAAGCAGCGACAGAUCUAAUUAGCAUUAAGGGCGGUCACAGCUCAUGCACCCUUAACACAGUGUGAGUAAAUCCAGCCUGUGCUAUUCAGAGUUCAGAAAUCCAAAGCGCAUUUAAAUGCUUCGCUCAGGAAGCUCCGAACGCACACAACCAGCCAAUCAAUGAAGGGCAGCAGGGUAAAGGCACCAAACCAAACCUCCCUGCACGCUGGGGGCGUGCGUGAAAUCUCAAGGUCGAUGUCAAAGGGAAAAGCAGAUUUCUGCCUCGAUCCGUGGAACAAAACAUAUCUAUGAGAAGAAACAGCAGUGAGAUGUGCUAAUAUUUCUGACUGAGUUCAGGCCUUUCCUUCCAAGUAAAACACGACCUCUUCUGAAUGCACCCCUUGUCUUGCUGGGGAACAGCUGACUGCAAAGGCAGAGCCUGGGAGGAGGGAACCAGACCUGACUGCUCCCAGUGACAGUUCCCAUUGCACAACUUCUCGUCCUUGGAGGAAAAGGUGGCUCACAAGACACGGCCAGGAACCACGCACCCUCAAACUGCUGCUUCAGGCCACCGCUGGCACAUCUGAUCGUUUGAAGGUUUGGAAACUUGGUUCUCCACUUGUAAGCAUUUGAAAGCAACGUGGAAACAGGCUUGACAUCUCAGCCCAUCUCAACACUGCUGGUGGCAAAACCAGAAGCUUUGAAGAGUUACCUGAAAGGUUCUGCAAUAGUGGGACCCUUUACAGGAGUGACUCCAGCACGCAGCAGUCAGGAAUCACCUGCUAAGGGAGGGAAGAUGCUGGCAGCCCACUUUGAUUGCCCAGGAGGCCCAGAAAAUCUCUAUGUGAAAGAAGUGAUGAAACCACAUCCAAGAGAAGGAGAAGUUCUUGUGAAAGUCUCUGCCAGUGCUCUGAAUAGGGCUGAUUUACUCCAGAGGAGAGGGAAGUACCCUCCCCCCAAGGGAGCAAGUGAUAUUUUAGGCUUAGAAGCAGCUGGGAGUGUGGCUGGGCUCAGACCUGGCUGCACUGGGCGGUGGAAGAUUGGCGAUGCAGUGAUGGCUCUGCUCUCUGGAGGCGGCCAGGCUGAAUAUGUUACAGUACCUGAAGGCCAGCUGAUGCCAGUUCCCAAAGACAUUACAUUUGUUCAGGCUGCAGCCAUUCCUGAGGCUUGGUUAACAGCUUUUCAGCUGCUGCAUUUUGUAGGUAAAAUACAGAAAGGGGAAACUGUGUUGAUCCACGCUGGAGCUAGCGGGGUUGGUAUGGCAGCCAUUCAGCUGGUCAGACUGGCAAAUGCUAUUCCCAUCGUGACAGCAGGAACUCAGGAGAAACUGGAAGCAACAACAAACGCUGGAGCAGCUGCAGGGUUCAACUACAAGAAUGAAGACUUUAGCGAAAAGGUCUUGGCCUUCACCCAAGGUUCUGGAGUAGAUAUUAUUUUAGAUUGUGUUGGUGGCUCUUACUGGGAGAAGAAUCUCAGCUGCUUGAGAACUGAUGGCCGGUGGGUUAUUUAUGGACUACUGAGUGGAGGUGAAGUUCAUGGAGAUUUGCUUGCAAGGCUGCUUUCCAAAAGAGGGAGCAUCCACACAAGUCUAUUAAGAUCACGAGACAAGGAGUAUAAGGAGCAGCUGGUGAAAGCCUUCAUAGAAAAUGUGCUGCCCUAUUUCUCUGAAGGAGCCUCUCUGCAUCUCCAGCCGCUUGUUGACAGCGUUUACCCUCUGCAUGAGAUUGUGGAGGCACACAGGAAAAUGGAAGAAAACAAGAACAUUGGCAAAAUUGUUAUUGAAAUGCCACUGAAAUCACCCUAAAGAAAGGCCCUCUGCUGUAGUUGCUUUAUGGGUAGAAGCACUAUGGAUGCCUUAAAAGCUGAGUUUCUGCUAUUUCUGCUUCCAAACUGGAAAUGAUUUAUUGUGGAAGAUGUCAAAAAAUGAGGGCCAAAGCAAAGCCUUACAGGAUAUGUGAAUAAAAAAAGCAAUUCACACUGCAGAUACAGCGUAUGACAUCUUUACACAAGAAAACAGAUAACAGUAGGACAAGGGGAAACGGUUUUAAGUUGAAGGAGGGAAGAUUUAGGCUGGAUGUCAGGGGAAGUUCUUUACAGAGAGAGUGGUGAGGUGCUGGAACAGCUGCCCAGAGAGGCUGUGGAUGCCCCGUCCAUCCCUGGAGGUGUUCAAGGCCAGGUUGGAUAGGGCCCUGGGCAGCCUGGGCUGCUAUGAAAUGGGGAGGUUGGUGGCCCUGACUGUGAUGGGGGGUUGGAGAUUCAUGAUCCUUGAGGUCCCUCCUACCAACUUAGGCCGUUCUGUGAUUCUGUGAAAACCACCACACGUCUAUCUCCACUCAAGCUUUUGGGCUCAUUUCUGUUUUCCCACAGCUUUCCAAGCCGCACAGUUUCUACAACUCAGCAGGCCCGAGCCAAGCCCCACCU